AUGCCAUUAGGCGGCUCCGUCACCUAUGGCUCCGAGUCCACCGACGGCAAUGGCUAUAGAAAAGCGCUUCGAGAGCUACUUGUGUCAGGCGGCUACAAUGUGAACAUGGUCGGGUCUCGCAAUUCUGGUUCGAUGGAGAACAACGAACAUGAAGGCUGGCGGGGAUUCCGAAUCGAUCAAGUUGCCAACAAAGCCAAGAGAUCAGUUCCUAGAUUCCUACCAAACCUCUUCACCGUCAACGUUGGCUCAAAUGAUUGCAUUCAGGACUUCGAAAUCGAGACUGCUAGCAAGCGAAUGAGUGACAUGCUUGAAUAUCUCUGGACGGCAUCUUCUCACUCAACAAUUCUCUUUUCUACUCUCAUUCCAAACUUAGAUGGAAAGGUUGAUACACGAGUCCGUUGCCUGAACGAGCGAUUCGGGGAACUAGCAAAAGUGAAAGCAGCGGAAGGAAGAAGAAUCGUCCUCGUGGAUAUGCAUGGCCCUGAUGGACCUCAGAUCGGUGAGCUGACGGAUGGCACGCACCCCGAUGAUGCGGGUUAUAUGAAAAUGGCAAUGAUUUGGCAGAGAGGCAUUCAUGAAGCCAUAGAUAGAGGUUUUAUCCAGGAGCCACAAUGA